GGGCCGGGGGUGUCAGAGCGCGGCCGGCAGGGCGCCCGCACACACCUCCCCGAGCCGCCUCCGCCGCGCUCUCCGCCCGCACUCCGCCGCCUGCGCCCGCAGCCGCCGCGCCAUCCAUGGGGGUCGCGGGCCGCGGCUGCCCCGGGGCAGCCCGUGCUCUGCUGCUGCUGCUGCUACUGCCGCCGCCGUUGCUUCUGGCCACGGCCGUCCCGCCGGGCCGGGGCCGCGCCGCGGGGCCGCCAGAGGACGUGGAUGAGUGUGCCCAAGGGCUAGAUGACUGCCAUGCCGAUGCCCUGUGUCAGAACACACCCACCUCUUACAAGUGUUCCUGCAGGCCUGGCUACCAAGGGGAGGGCAGGCAGUGUGAGGACAUUGAUGAAUGUGAAAACGAACUCAAUGGAGGCUGUGUCCAUGACUGUUUGAAUAUUCCAGGCAAUUAUCGUUGCACUUGUUUUGAUGGCUUCAUGUUGGCUCAAGAUGGUCAUAAUUGUCUUGAUGUGGACGAGUGCCUGGAGAACAAUGGUGGCUGCCAACAUACCUGUGUCAAUGCCAUGGGGAGCUACGAGUGCCGCUGCAAGGAGGGCUUUUUCCUGAGUGACAAUCAGCACACGUGCAUUCACCGCUUGGGAGAGGGCCUGAGCUGCAUGAAUAAGGAUCAUGGCUGUAGUCACAUCUGUAAGGAGGCCCCAAGAGGCAGCGUCGCCUGUGAGUGCAGGCCUGGUUUUGAGCUGGCCAAGAACCAGAGAGAUUGCAUCUUGACCUGUAACCAUGGAAAUGGAGGGUGCCAGCACUCCUGUGAAGACACAGCUGAUGGCCCAGAGUGUAGCUGCCAUCCACACUACAGGAUGCAUGCGGAUAGGAGGAGCUGCCUUGAGCGAGAGGACACGGCCCUGGAGGUGACAGAGAGCAAUGCCACGUCAGUGGCGGAUGGGGAUAAGCGAGUGAAGCGGCGGCUGCUCAUGGAAACAUGUGCUGUCAACAAUGGAGGCUGUGAUCGCACCUGUAAGGAUACUUCAACAGGGGUUCACUGCAGUUGUCCCAUCGGGUUCACGCUCCAGCUGGAUGGCAAGACGUGUAAAGAUAUUGAUGAGUGCCAGACCCGCAAUGGAGGUUGCGAUCAUUUCUGCAAAAAUACCGUGGGCAGUUUUGACUGCAGCUGCAAAAAAGGAUUUAAAUUAUUAACAGAUGAGAAGUCUUGCCAAGAUGUGGAUGAGUGCUCUUUGGAUAGGACCUGUGACCACAGCUGCAUCAACCACCCUGGCACUUUUGCUUGUGCUUGCAACCAAGGGUAUACCCUGUACGGCUUCACCCACUGUGGAGACACCAACGAGUGCAGUGUCAACAACGGAGGCUGUCAGCAAAUCUGUGUGAACACAGUGGGCGGCUAUGAAUGCCAAUGCCACACUGGGUAUAAGCUCCACUGGAAUAAAAAAGACUGUGUGGAAGUGAAGGGGCUCCUGCCCGCUAGUGUGUCACCCCGCGUAUCCCUGCACUGUGGUAAGAGUGGUGGAGGAGACAGGUGCUUCCUAAGAUGUCACUCUGGCAUUCACCUCUCUUCAGGACUGCAAGAGGCCUACUCUGUCACCUGCGGCUCUUCUUCUGCUCUCAGGAGCAAACAGCAAAAAUCAAAUGACUCUACUUUUGGGGAUGUCACCACCGUCAGGACAAGUGUAACCUUUAAGCUAAAUGAAGGAAAGUGUAGUUUGAAAAAGGCUGAACUGUUUCCCGAGGGUCUGCGACCAGCACUACCAGAGAAGCACAGUUCAGUAAAAGAGAGCUUCCGCUACGCAAACCUUACAUGCAGCCCCGGCAAGGAAGUCCCAGGAGCCCCUGGCCGACCAAGCACCCCUAAGGAAAUGUUUGUCACUGUUGAGUUUGAGCUUGAAACUAACCAAAAGGAGGUAACAGCUACCAUUUUGGUCAACAAAUUUCUAUUUGAGUCAAGUGCCGCCCGGCCUGCCAGGUGCCCACCUCCAGCUUCCUGUGACCUGAGCUGCAUCGUAAAGCGGACAGAGAAGCGGCUCCGGAAAGCCAUCCGCACACUCCGGAAGGCUGCCCACAGGGAGCAGUUUCACCUUCAGCUGUCAGGCGUGGGCCUCGAUGUGGCUAAAAAGCCUCCCAGAACAUCUGAACGGCGGCCAGAGCCCUGCAGAGUGGGCCAGGGUCACGUAGAAAACCAAUGCGUCAGUUGCAGGGCUGGGACAUAUUAUGAUGGAACACAAGAACGCUGCAUUUUUUGUUCAAAUGGAACCUUCCAAAAUGAGGAAGGACAAAUGACUUGUCAACCAUGUCCAAGAUCAGAAAGUCCUGGGGCCCCGAAGACCCCAGAAGUUUGGAAUGUGUCUGACUGUGGAGGUCUGUGUCAACCAGGUGAAUAUUCAGCGGAUGGCUUUGCACCUUGCCAGCUCUGUGCCCUGGGUACAUUCCAGCCCGAAGCUGGCCGAACAUCCUGCUUCCCCUGUGGAGGAGGCCUACCCACUAAACAUCAGGGAGCUACAUCCUUCCAGGACUGUGAAACCAGAGUUCAGUGUUCACCUGGACAUUUCUACAACACCACCACUCACCGAUGCAUUCGUUGCGCAGCGGGGACAUACCAGCCAGAAUUUGGAAAAAAUAAUUGUGUUUCCUGCCCAGGAAAUACUACGACUGACUUUGAUGGCUCCACCAACAUCACCCAGUGUAAAAACAGAAGAUGUGGAGGGGAGCUGGGAGAUUUCACUGGAUACAUUGAAUCCCCAAACUACCCAGGCAAUUACCCAGCCAACACCGAGUGUACAUGGACCAUCAACCCGCCCCCUAAGCGUCGCAUUUUGAUUGUGGUCCCCGAGAUCUUCCUACCCAUAGAGGACGACUGUGGCGACUACCUGGUGAUGCGGAAAACCUCUUCGUCCAAUUCUGUGACAACGUAUGAGACCUGUCAGACCUAUGAACGCCCCAUCGCCUUCACCUCCAGGUCAAAGAAGCUGUGGAUUCAGUUUAAAUCCAAUGAAGGGAAUAGUGCCAGAGGGUUCCAGGUCCCAUACGUGACCUACGAUGAGGACUACCAGGAACUCAUUGAAGACAUAGUGCGAGAUGGCAGGCUCUAUGCAUCUGAGAACCAUCAGGAAAUACUUAAGGAUAAGAAACUGAUCAAGGCCCUGUUUGAUGUCCUGGCCCACCCCCAGAACUAUUUCAAGUACACAGCCCAGGAGUCCCGAGAGAUGUUUCCAAGAUCUUUCAUCCGAUUGCUACGUUCCAAAGUGUCCAGGUUUUUGAGGCCUUACAAAUGACUCUGCUCACACGCCACUCAAUACAAAUGCUCUGCUUUGGGCUUGGUGGGGAAGAGCUGUCUGCCUUCUGCAUGUCAGCACACGAUCGGAUAUUGCUGCCUCCAGUAUCAGUGACUCAUUAGAGUUCAGUUUUUAUGGAUAAUACAGAUAUUUUGGUAAAUUGAACUUGUUCUUUCUUUCCCAGCAUUGUGGAUGUGAACUGAGAAUGGCUUUGAGUGGCACUGCUUCUCAUUGCUGUGGCAGAUGUCUUGGAUCUAGCAAAGGCUGGCUGAGCUGGACUUGAGUCAGCCUCAGUGAGACUCAUCUACCUUCUGGUGUCUCACUCCUCAAGGAGGAGUCUGUGGUGGAAAGGAGGCCCUGAAGGGCCUGCUUAGUGUGAAACUUCAGCUUCCUCCAUUCUGGCCCUCCGCACCCACGUGCAGGCUCUGACCAGGAGAAACAGGCAAGGGGGGAGAGGAAAGGAGAGCCCUGCAGGUGCCUCCACUCACCCCAGACCUGGGAGGACUCUCUUUCUCCACAGACUUUGCCAGCCCGUGUGAUGUAAGUGUGAUCUUAGAGGUUUGAGUUCUAAGCAGUGAUCAUUUAAAAAUACUUAAAGCGUAAAGAAUUAGAAAUAAAAAGAUAAAAACUAAGAA